GCGAGCGCCCUGCGCGGGGGCGCCACCUAGUGGGGGCGCAGCCUUGAGCACCACACCGUCCACCGCGGCCCCCUCCGCAGCACCCGCGCCCCCCAGCACCUCGCGGGCCGCGGUCUCCUCCACCCCCGCCCUGCCCGCACACCCAUCCCCCAACUCACCCGGGUCGCCUCCCCUCGAGGCCCCGCGCUCGUUGCGGACUCGGCGGGCGCCGCCCGCUCGUUGGCCAGCGGGCUGAGGGCGGGAAAAGUGACUAACGGCUGCAGCGGGCCCUCGCGGUGUGAGGAGAUGGCGUCGGGGGCCCGGGCUCCCGUGCCGGAGGACUCCGUCCGAACCGCCAGCCCCGGCAGGCGAGGAGGGAAGGGGGUGUCCGCGCCCCCCGGGGACUCGGUGGCGGUAGGGACCCUGAAGAGCGCCGCAUCCCCGGCGCGGGCGGUGGCGGCGUCCCCGCGGCCCGCGAAGGGGAAGGCGGGCCGGGAGGCGGCCCGGCGGCGGCUGCAGCUCCAGCCGGCCUCUCAGGCCGAGGGCCGGGGCGAGGGGGCGCAGGAGGACGAGGACGAGGAGCCCCUUCUGUCGGUGCCGGAGGAGGUUGAAGAGGAGGCGCAGCCACUGCCCCCGGUCUGCGUGUGCCCCAUGAGGGGCAUGUGGCGCGACGAGAAGGUGGCGCUGUACUGCGACGAGGUGCUGCGCGGCUGUAAGGCAGAAGAUGCUGAUGAGGCUAUGAGUAAUUAUCUAUCAGAAAAAUUAAAGUUGAAAGACAAAUGGCUUGGAGUCUGGAGGACGAAUCCUGAGUUAUUCUUUGUGAAAUAUGAAGAAGCUUCUAUCCCUUUUGUUGGUGUACUGGUUGAGGUAACUUGUAAACCACACCAAAGCUUAUCGUCUUGUUUCAAAGUUACUGUAUCUGUUGCUGAGCCCUUUUCUUCUAACAUUGCAAAUAUUCCAAGGAAUUUAGUCAAUGAGAUUUUGGAAGAACUGGAGCAUAGUGUGCCUCUCUUGGAAGUGUACCCUGUUGAAGGACAAGAUUCUGAUAUACAUGAUAUUGCUUUGGCCUUGGAAGUUGUAAGGUUUUUUUAUGACUUUCUUUGGAGGGACUGGGAUGAUGAAGAAAGUUGUGAGAAUUACACUGCUUUGAUUGAAGAAAGAAUUAAUUUGUGGUGUGAUAUACAAGAUGGAACCAUACCUGGUCCUAUUGCACAACGUUUCAAAAAAACUUUGGAGAAAUAUAAAAACAAACGUGUUGAGCUCAUCGAGUAUCAGAGUAAUAUUAAGGAAGAUCCAUCUGCAGCAGAGGCCGUUGAAUGCUGGAAAAAAUACUAUGAGAUAGUAAUGCUCUGUGGAUUAUUGAAAAUGUGGGAAGAUUUACGCCUCCGAGUUCAUGGACCUUUCUUUCCAAGAAUUCUGAGGCGCAGGAAGGGGAAAAGAGAUUUUGGAAAGACUAUAACACAUAUUGUGGCAAAAGUGAUGACUACUGACAUGGUAAAGGACUUAUCUUCAGACACACUUCUCCAACAGCAUGAUGAUUUGGAUUUGGCUUUGGACAGUUGUUAUAGUGGAGAUACCGUAGUUAUUUUUCCAGGAGAAUAUCAAGCUGUAAAUCUUGCUUUAUUGACUGAUGACAUCAUUAUAAAGGGAAUUGGAAAGAGAGAGGAAAUUAUGAUUACUUCUGAACCUUCUCAUGACAGUUUCGUGGUGUCUAAAGCUGAUAAUGUGAAGCUAAUGCAUCUAUCUUUGAUACAACAAGGGACAGUUGAUGGUAUUGUGGUGGUGGAGUCUGGUCACAUGACUCUAGAAAACUGUAUAUUAAAAUGUGAAGGAACAGGAGUGUGUGUUCUUACGGGGGCUGCUUUGACAAUUACAGACAGUGAAAUAACUGGUGCCCAGGGUGCUGGUGUUGAACUGUAUCCUGGGAGCAUAGCCAUUUUAGAAAGAAAUGAAAUUCAUCACUGUAAUAACCUCAGAACCAGUGACAAUUCAAAAAGCACCUUAGGUGGAGUUAAUAUGAAGGUUCUUCCAGCACCAAAAUUGAAGAUGACUAAUAAUCAUAUUUACAACAACAAUGGCUAUGGUGUAAGCAUUCUUCAACCAACUGAACAAUAUUUUAUUGUAGCAGAGGAAGCCCUCAACAAAGGGGCAGCUUCAGGGGAUAAAAAAGAUGACAGUAUGCUCUCUAGGGUAAUGCAGAAUCUGAACCUGGAGAUGAACAACAAUAAAAUAGAAGCAAACUUGAAGGGGGAUAUCAGGAUAGUCACAAGUUAAAGCAUCUGGAUUUAUGUUAAUGUUUUAUAUUUCAGAGAUUUGUUUAGUAAAUAAUUCUCAUAUCCCACAGAAAUGGUAGUUUUAAUUAAAUUCAAAACCUAUUUAAUUAAAAAAUAUUUAAACAUUUGAAUGCUUUCAUUGGAUGAUUCAUUUUAACUUUUUAAAGUAAGUUUUGAGAUAUAAUUCACAC